AUGGCCCCUUCUUUAGAAGAAGACCCGGAGUCGGUCCAGGACGUCCUCUCCAACCCCCUUAAACAGAAGCCCUCUCUAGUCGCCCCGGAACCAGAACACUGCCCGGGCCCGGAGUCCGCAACGGCAGGCACGGCAGACUCGUGCGCCGGCUGCCCGAACAAGGAGAUCUGCGCCGCGACGGCUACAAAGGGCCCGGACCCAGACAUCCCCAUCAUCUCCUCGCGCCUCUCCUCCAUCGCCCACAAGAUCCUCGUCCUUUCCGGCAAGGGCGGCGUCGGCAAGUCCACCUUCACCACCCUCCUCGCCCACGCCUUCGCCACAAAUCCGGACAGCAGCGUCGGCAUCAUGGACACGGACAUCUGCGGGCCCUCGAUCCCCAAGAUGCUCGGCGUCGAGUCCGAGACCAUCCACGUCUCCGGCGCCGGCUGGUCUCCCGUCUGGGUCCUCGACAACCUCGGCGUCAUGUCGAUCCAGUUCAUGCUGCCAGACCGCGACGCCGCAAUCAUCUGGCGCGGCGCCAAGAAGAACGGCCUCAUCAAGCAGUUCCUCAAGGACGUCGAGUGGGGGCCCCUCGACUUCCUGCUGGUCGACACCCCGCCGGGCACCAGCGACGAGCACCUUAGCGUCAACACCUUCCUCCGCGACAGCGGCAUCGACGGCGCCGUCGUCGUCACGACACCCCAAGAGGUCUCGCUCCUCGACGUCCGCAAGGAGAUCGACUUCUGCCGCAAGGCGGGUAUCCGCGUGCUGGGCCUGGCCGAGAACAUGGCGGGGUUUGUCUGCCCCAAGUGCACGAACCAGAGCGAGAUCUUCCGGGCAACGACGGGCGGCGGGAGGGCGCUGGCCCAAGAGAUGGGGGUGCCGUUCCUGGGGAGCGUGCCGCUGGACCCGCGCAUUGGCAUGGCGUGCGACUACGGCGAAAGCUUCUUCGACAGUUUCCCGGAUAGCCCCGCGUGCCUGGCGUUCAAGGAAGUUGUAAGGAACGUCAGCAAGGAAAUCGGUCUGAACGACAAGGACGUGUUGCCCGAGUAG